AAAUGUCCGAAAAUCAUGUGCACUUCUAUUGUUGAUCAAACUGCUUAGGUUAAGUUUAGAGAGUCAUUGGCGCAGUUUAUAACAUCGUGACGAUUUUUGCUACAAAAAAUCGUAAUAAUUAAAUAAAAUUACAGAAUGUUUAAUAACAUGAAGAAAUGUUUGACAGUCUCAAUUAGGAUUUCUAGGAAACUUUUAGCGUCAUCGUUCCACGAAAGUGUCUUGAUACCUGAAUUUCUCUCUUGUGCAAACAUUCGGUAUUUGAAUAAUAUGGCUCGUAAACAGUUUUACUGUCAUUCUACUAUCAAAGAUCAAAAUGUAACAAGUGCCGAGUUAAAAGCUCAACAACAAAAGUUAGAUCAGCAGGAACUUGAAAAGUUGCUCUCCGAUCCCGAGAAUAACAAGCGCUUUCAAAUAUUGGAGUUAGAAGUGGAUGUCAUGCGACACAAUGCUGAAAGGGUUCCUACCAAUAUUGAGCCGAAAGAUUGGUUGACGCUGUUAAACACAGCAACCAAGACAAGAAGAAAAAGGUAUCUUGAAUUUUUGUGGAAAAAUGAGAGAUCACGUGAAAAUGUUAAGCUAAAACAAGAGAUGAGAAAAUCUGAAAUGCUAGAUAAAAAGGAAAAAGAAAAGCAAGUUGAGGACACUGGUGAAAUAAAAUAUGGACUUUUGCAUAAUACACUAUUUAUGCGUAUAUAUGACACAACUAUAAAUCACUUCUACAAUGGUAAAAUGAUCCAAAGUAUGAUGUUUGAACCAAAGAUAGUGUUUGACUGUGGUUAUGAUAAUGAAAUGAACCAACGAGAGAUACAUAAUUGCGCCAAGCAACUAUCUCUGGCAUUUGCAAGCAAUCGCAACCACGUUAAUCCCAUGUUUAUGUACUUCUGUAAUUUUAACAAAGAUGGAUUACUUAGACGUAAUCUUCAACAAAACAUACCUACUUUGUUGGACGACGAUUUUCCAGUGGUAGUAACAUCGCAAUCUUAUUUAGAUAUAUUUCCUAAGAAUGAGUUAGUGUAUCUCACUCCACAUUGUAGGGUAAAUCUAACCCAAUUCGAUCCAGAUGCAGUUUAUAUUAUAGGUGCACUAGUAGACAAGAGUGAUUCGCAACCAUUGUCUUUGGCAAAAGCUAAGAAGGAAGGUAUCCGCAUGGCUAAAUUUCCCAUAGAUCAAUAUCUUGAGUGGGGUGCUAGCUCUUCUAAGAAUCUUACACUUGACCAGUCGUUGAAAAUAAUGUUGGACCUGAGACACACAGGAGACUGGAAAGAGGCAUUAAAACAUGUGCCAAACAGAAAAUUAAGACCUGCUAGAGAAAAGAUGUUGCAAAACAAAAUACGAAGGUCUAUGUCCAUGAAUACACCAGAGACUAAGGAAUCCAAAUUAAUCUUUACAUUUGAAAAUAGGAAAAGAAAUUAAUGUUCUUUAAUUGUAAACAUUAGACUACAACAAAUUAUAUAAAAGAUUAAUAUCAAAAA